AUGAAGAAGAGAACUGACCACCAACUCAAUAUCAAAGCAAGGGAUAGACUUCCAGACGGCAAGUUCAAGGAGUUAGAGUCAACCCAGGAACCUGCCAUGCCACAUCCCCUAGAGCUGUAAGAAUUCUGGAGUUUCCAGGUCUUCAAGGAUAUUAGCAUUAUAGAGGUUGGGGCCCAAGUGGUAAAGAAAGUCAAUGCCAUUUUUCAAAUGGACAUCAUCAAAGAUGGGAAGAUCAUGUUGCAGUGGACCAUUGAUUUGAAUAAUGGGUUCUGGGACAUGUAUCUAGGAUCUGCCAGAUCCUGACUUCCUGAAGACACUCUCUUCAGCUUUCCAAAAUCUGUGUUAAAGGAGAUAGUUUUGGGCAAAAUGAAUCCUCAGAACCAUUCCUUGCAAGUCAAAGUGAGUGUCAAAGUUCUGCUUGGCCAGAAAUUGGAAAGGGUUUUUAUAGACGGAGCUAAAUUUUAA